AUGCACCGACGAACACUCGCAACAGCCAUCCGCCAGCUCACCAGACGGCCAACAGCAGCCCACCACUACUCAACCCACCCCCAGCGAACGGCAGCAACCACCAGCCCAGUCGCAAGGCCACCAGCACAGACUACCCAGCCCUACCCUAGCCAGCACCACGGAUUCGAAGAACUGAUUGCGCCCGCAGCAGCCACCAUCAAGGGCGGCCCGAUCGAUCUCUACCAGCAGAGAACCAGCGCCGGAAUACUCAACUACGACCCCUUCCAGGUAUCGAUCGUCAACCAGCUCCAGGAACUCUACCAGACACUCGCUAGCUAUCAUCCAGCCCACCAGCCAUCCUCUCAAGAAAAUUCACCAACAAACCCAUCAUCGUCUAGCUGGUUUAGGAGUCUAUUCUCUCAAUCCAACUCGGAUAGCCUCAGUAAUGUCGCUCUCGAUCCGCCCUCUAAUCUACCCAGCGGGAUCUAUCUCUACGGCUCAGUAGGCACAGGAAAAUCGAUGUUGAUGGACUCGCUCUACGAGUCGUUGAAGAACCUGCCCAACCACGCCUCCCUGCCCGCAAAGAGGAUCCACUUCCAUCAGUUCAUGGUCGACAUCCACAAGCGCAACCAUAAGCUUCAGAGCCAGCUCCACAGUGUCGGCCAGCUAGGCCAGGCGGACGUCUUGAUCACCAUCGCUAGAGAGAUCGCCGAGGAAUGCAAGGUGCUCUGCUUCGAUGAGUUCCAGGUCACUGAUAUCGUCGACGCUAUGAUCCUCAAACGCCUCCUGGAGGGGCUGCUACAUUACGGAGUGGUGACGAUCAUGACUUCCAAUCGCCACCCAGAUGAGCUGUACAAGAACGGGAUCCAGCGGGAGUCGUUCCUAGGCUGCAUCGAGCUGAUCAAGCGACGGACGCGGGUGAUCGACCUGAACUCGGGCACGGACUACCGGAAGCAACUGGGCCGGAGCAGUGGCGGGGGGCUGUCGAAGGUGUUCCUGAGUCCGCCGAAUGCGGAGAACCGGGCCGAGUUCGGCAAGCGCUUCGAGGCCCUCACCGACCACGAGCCGAUCCUCGAGAACCGCGUCCUGCCCAUCUGGGGUACCCGCCACAUCCGCGUGCCUCUCAGCACAUCCUCCGUCGCCUGGUUCGACUUCAAUCAGCUCUGCGCCCUCCCCCUCAGCGCCGCCGAUUACCUACAGAUCGUCUCCAAGUUCCAGGUUAUCUUCAUCGAUAACGUGCCCAAGCUAUCCAGCUCUCAACGCGACUUCGCUCGUCGGUUCAUCUUGUUCCUGGAUGCCGCAUACGAAAGCAAGACCAAACUGUUCACGUUAUCCGAGGUGCCCAUUGCUGAGAUUUUUGCGGGUGAGCCGAGUUCGUCGGAGGCGAUGACGGCGGAGAUGCGGGCGGCGAUGGACGACCUGGGCUUGGACUCGAAGACGGUCGGCGCCUCGUCGCUCUUCUCUGGCGAGGAAGAGACCUUCGCAUGGGCCCGGGCGGUCUCGAGACUCAACGAGAUGGGAUCCCCCCGCUGGGCCCUCGACAACAUCCCCCACUCCGAUCCGCGCCUCCAUCCUCACCCAACAAACAAUCUCGUCACGCCGCCCGUCGGUGCCUCGGAUCUUGUCUCCGUCGUCCAGGGCGGCGACGGCUCGGAACUCCUCACUCAUUGA